GGUUCUCAUGGUGCCUAAUGCGCCAAUGCACAAGAUGUCGAUCUUGGAGGUCCAUCUCUCCCACGUGCCGGAUGUGAGUUCGGGCAACGUUUUGAUACCGAACAGCGCGUCGCUAACGGCGGAGGGCGGGUACUUGAACCCUGCCUUUUACGUCAACAUUGUCGUGAAGAAGCGCGGCAAUCCCGACAGCGAUAAUCUCUGCGACAACCUGGCUUUCAAGGUCUCGAGUACCGGGUGGCUCGUGGGCACGUGCAACCUUUUCGCGGCCCCCUUGCAGGACGUGAUCGUCACGCUGCGGGUGAAGGACUAUUGGAGCGGGCAGUGGUUGACGAACGAUGAUACGAUGGUCGAGAACCGGGUGUUCUACAGACAGCCAUUAUUCACGGGCCUUUACGACGAGCUGGGGCUAUCGAGUGGGUCCACGUCAAUAGAGGACUUCCAGGGCGUCCCAGCGAACGCAAUCGAUCUGGGCUGUGUGCUCAAUCGCUCGACCCCGCAGCUGCUCCUGCUGGGGUCCGACCUGCCAGAUAGGAGCAGCUUGGAGAUGAACGGGGCGAUCUUGAGCGACUACUACGUGAGCAUCGAGCUUGACGGCACGGACAUGGGCUCCUUUUGCAAGGCCAUCAGCUGGAACGGGGAAACGAACCUGACUUGCGAGCUGGCGAGAUGCAUCAACGUGUCUGUGCUGCCUCGUAUGCCAGACCUGAGGAUGUAUCUUGGAGACUUGCGAUCGGCGACUCCUGCUACCGAGAAAUUCGCAUCGCCGAGGCCCGAAAUCUACAGCUUCGGCCCCAGCUUCAUUGAGGACGUUGGCGUUCGAAACCUUUGGUUCGAGGGCCGUCACUUCGGCGAACCCGAGUGCAAAGGUGCUGGUCUGCAUCCGGACGGCACGCAGCUCCUCGGCGAUGUCGCCAUCACAGUCGGCGAGUAUGCCGUCCCGUGCCACGUCACCCUGCACAACAACACGCGUGUGGAGUGCACCAUCGACGAGCCCGUCAUGGCAGACCGAGAUCUGUCCCAGCAGAUCAGCUCCGUGACUGGCCUGUACCCUCCUAGGAGGACGGCAUACCAGCCGGUCACCUUCCGCCUGGGAUGCUGCCUGCCCAUGUCCAACGGUGACGACUCGCUGCUGGGAGACGAUGCGCACGCGGGCACGCGGAUCGUGAGCACGGACGGAGUGCCGCUGUCGGUGGUCGAGUACCUGGUCUUGCUCAAGGACUGUCCGUCUGGCCAGGUCCGCGACCCGAGCGACCCCGUCGCCUGCGUGAAGUGCGAGCCCGGCCGCUUCGUGACCGACGACGAGAUUGAGGCACCGCUUCGAUGCAUGCCGUGUGCCCGCGGCAGGUAUCAGGGAGGAAGUGGCGCGAGCUCUUGCGCCCAGUGCCCGGCCAACACCGACUCGCCGGAGGGCUCGGUCUCCGUCCUGGCCUGCACCUGCCUGCCCGGGUACUUCUCGGAGUACCUCAACGGU